AUGAACACGAUGGAUUUAACGCCCGGUCCUGCGGGCAUCACGGUUGGUACCAAGAAUUGGUCCUACUUUUCGUGCGAUCGAUUGGAGGAAGUCAUCGAGGUUCAGGUAAAACACGAAAUGCUUUUUAAUUUUUUUAAAAUUUUUGGUGAUAAAAAAUAUUUUUAUUGAGACGAAAUGCAUUUUUUGAAAAAAAAAUAUUUAAUUAAAAUUUUGUGCUUUUAUUAAGUUGUUCAAGUAAUUUUGAGCUACUCUCAAAGCAAAUUAAAUAAAAGUUUUUUAAUUUUUUGUAAAAUACGGCCAACCUAACUGGUCCAUCAAAAAAAUUUUUUUUGUAGCUAUCAGUUUAAAAAAUUCUGAGCCCCUUUUCAAAACAAAUUUUCGGGUUUAGAUGGCUCAGAAUUACUUGAACAACCUUAUAAUUUUUAAAUUUAAAAAACUUUUAACUAAUAACAUUUCUUAUCAUAGAUAACAUAAUUUUAAGCCGAAAAAAGAGUCUAUAAAACUCUUAAGCCUAAAAACAAGGAAUCAUAAGCCUAAAUAAGACUAAAGUUUAACAACAGUUUAAUGUUGUAAUUCCCAAAACCAAGUCACGUUCCGGCGUUCCUGUAACCUUAAACGUGCCAAUAUGUUCUAGUAACUAUUCCGAACUUCCUCUUUGCGUUUAUUUAUUUAAUCCUAUUUUAUGAAGCCUCCCCGAAGGCUUUAAAUCUAAUUAAAUGCCAUUCUUUUAAGUCCUUUUUGGUUUAAUGUUUCAAUCAGAAAAAGGCGUAUAAUCUCUGGAUAAAAUGAUGAUAUUGAAUUGCAAAAAGUGAAAUUUUAAACUGAGCUGUAGGGUCUUUGAACUUUUAAGUUUUGAAUGAAAGAUUAGGCUUGACAAUAACUUUUGAAAAAUAAAAUACUGUGUUCUCUCUAUAUAGUAAACUAUCCGUAUAAACAAAUCUUUUUAUAGUAAACAAGAAAUUCGACCCUUCUUGAUUUGCACUAAAAAUUACUUUGUAAAGCCAACACUUCCUAUAGUAAACACAAAAUGUCGGUCUCUUCAAGUUGCUUAUAUAGAAGGAGUACUGUCACAAAGAAAGUGCCUGACCUGCCCCGCUCUGGUUGACUUCAAACUUUUUAUAUAGAAAGAUAAUGUAAAUAUAAGAAUAUAAGGUCUUCAGCAAUGUACUAAAUCAUGCUUUUUAGACAAUCUCGAGAAAAUCAAAACCAAAAAAUUACGUUUUGAUUUUCCCACCAAAUUGGCAUUGUGUUUCAAGCUUCUUUGCCAUUUGUUGACUUUUAAUUAUUUUUUUUAAUAUACUAAUAUAAAACCUACAAAUAAGCCAACAUUUUAAAAAUUUUAAGGGUAGCUUAGUUGGGAUGUCGGAAAAAGUGCUUGAAACAGAAUGCCAAAUUUGCCAAAUUGGCGGGAAACUCAAAUAUUUAAAAUUUAAAACCCAAAAGCGCUAGCUAAAAUUUUUUAUGGGUCCUAUUGAUGGUAUAAAGAAUUUAUAUAAAAAUUUUGAGCUGAUUCUGAGUGUGGUAGGUCUGGUACUUUUUCUGUGAACUGUAAGGUCUUUGAACUUUUAAAUUUGAAAUGAAAUAUUAGGCUCGACAAUUAUUUUUAAAAACGGAAACUUAAAAAAAGGUAUAAUGAAACAAAUCAACUAAUUUUUGGCUUUUCAGAAUGAAUUUUACUGGAAAAACAAAGGCGGAGCCAACACGAUCAUCUUCCUGUACGGUUUGGUCUGUAGCUUCGGAGCGAUGGCCAAUCUACUGGUAAUUGUCUCCUUUCUACGUACUCCUCAUCUACACAAUCUACGGAAUUACUUCAUUGUAAAUUUGGCCGUUUCUGACCUACUUAUGUGUGUACUGACAGCUCCAUUCACCUUAUACUUGACUUUGAACCUGUUCUGGCCGUUUGGCAACUUUGCUUGUCAAGGGGUGAGUUUUUGUUAAAUUGUGUGACAUUAUGUAUAUUACACUUACUGUAAUGUAAGUAUUAUUACCACAGGCUAAUUUAAAUCUUAAUAAUUUCAGGUAGCAUCAGCUCAAGCAGUGAAUCUCUUCGUAUCAUGCCUAACUCUAGUGUUAAUAGCCAUGGACAGGUUCUUGUUGACGUUAUGUCCAGUGAAGUGGAGAUUAGCGGCCAAGGCACCUUUGGCAUUUUAUGUUGUAGUAUGGCUAGCAUCCCUCAUGUUGGCGCUGCCAUACUUUUUUGCUGUUCAAGCAGAGAACGUGGAUUUGAUCGAUCCGUGGAAUCAGCCGAGGAUCGAUGAAAUGGUAGGUAUCGGUGGUUUUUGAGACUAGGUUUAAUUUUGAUAAAAAGUUAAGCUUAAUUUUAAAAAAUAUGUUUAAAUUUUUGUCUUAAACCUUAAACUUUAAGCCUAAAAAUAUUGAUUUAAUACUAGGCUUAAAUUUUAAAAGCCAUAUUUUAAAAUUUAUUUUUUGUAUUUUUAAAAGCCAGUUUGAAACCUAAAAGCUCAAUUUCGGAGAAGGAAACGUUUGUCGCUCAAUUAUGCAUAAAACCAGGAAAAACAGACUUUGAGCAAUCGGCCGUAAAAAAAAGUUCAAAGUCUGCAAGUAAUUUACAUCGCCUACAUUUUCGGACUCAAAAACUCAAGUUUAUAAUAAUAUAAGUCACGUAAAUUGGAGCAUACUGAGAUAUUUUUAAAAAAUGGGACAAAGUUAUGCGAUGAAAAGUGUCCUACUACUUUUGGGACAAUCUGAUACCUUAAAGAUAAUUAUUGUUAGAACUUCGUACUUGACGAUCAAAAAUAUAAUCUUGUGAAUUAUACAACACAUACCAACAUAUAUAUUAUAAUAACCUUUUACAGAUGGAGUUAUGUGGCAAAACCCGCCCGCAAGUUUGUAUCGAAAGAACAUGGCAUCGGCUUCCAGUAUCUCGCAAAAGCUACACUUUGAUCGUGCUGGCCAUACAGUACAUUCUACCAUUGGUGUCGCUAGGCUUUGCUUACUCUCAAAUUGGUUUUACAAUUCGAAAGAGAGUCAAGUACAAUACCACGGUAGACCAGCAUCGGAAACAAAUUUUGGCUCAGAGGAACAGGUACGGAACUUUACAUUAGUCUUUAUUUUAAAUGAAACAUUACAGUACUUUAGCUAUAUAUGUGUUACGAUAAACUUCAUAAAGUAACAAAUUAGCAUUGUAAUGUAGUAUACAGAUUAAUAACCUAUAUUACGUUGUUUAUAUAAUUCUGUGCCCCUCACAUCAAAAAUUCGCUUUGAUAAAGGGCUCAGAAUUAUUUGAACAACUUAAUAAUCACGUUUUGCUGCAUUUAAUAAGAGGUGUAUGUUCCAAAAUGUAAACAAAACUUAUAUUGUAAAAUACGAUCGCUCACAUUACACAUAUUUUUAGAAAAGCCCUGUUACUGUUGUUAACAUUGGUAUUGGUAUAUGGAAUUUGUUGGUUGCCAAUGAAUGCCUACAAUGUGUUAAACGUGUUUGAAAUCAUUCAGUUCUCUCAGUACAGGUAUGUUUUACCAGGUUUUUGUAAUUUUAUAUAUAUAUUAUGUGUAAAUUUACGUUAUUACAACACGGUUUUACUGUUAUUAUACCAACUAUCAUUUUAGGUAUAUUUACUGUCAUUUGAUUGGAAUGACAUCAGCAUCGAUAAACCCUUUAAUGUACGGAUUGAUCAACGAUUCUUUCCGCAACGCCUUCUUUACCAUGCUACGACCAUUACUCGGCCCGUGCACGAAAUACAUUGCUGUAUCGCCAAAUCAACCAACACAUACGACAUACUCUUUUACUAUGAUGAAUGCGGUAGGUAUUUUGAGUCUUACAUUAUAAAAGGCAUUUCUGUAUAUGGUAUUUGACUUUACAUUUAUUACGUUGUUCAAUUAAUUCUGUGCCUCUAAUUCCCGAAAUUAACUUUUAGAAGGGCACAUAAUUAUUUUAACAACUUGAUUAAAAUAUUACACUAGACUCUUUUUAUAAGCAACAUCAAAUGGCUCAAAUAUUGUUUUUUGCUACCUACCCUACCUUACCCUACCCUACCCUACCCUACCCUAUUUUACCCUACCCUACCCUACCUUACCUUACCCUGAGCUUAUAUACUUUAUCAUCCUUUUUCAAACCGUUUAAUAUGUCGUUUUAGGUAAACUCCCCUCGUCGUGAAAGCCCAAAGUUUGCCGAAGCAAAUGGCAACAAUCACCGUACCGUGCCUUUAAUUCAAGUACAACAAAGUGAAGAUUCUGCCCUUUUGUCGCCUCCACAACUUUGA